AUGUCUAGCGCGCCAGUCAUGACGGACCGCAAGUGCAGUUCCAAAAAGCGCGUCAUCAAGAACAUGCCUAUCAAUAAGGCGCACAUCACCCGCCGACCGGUCUACCAUCGCGUCGAGCCACAUUCGGCAGUGAAAGCGAAGUAUGUGCAGACGAAGACACCUCGCCGUAUGGAUAUCGCUCCUCUUCCUCGCUCGCGCUUGGCGCAGAAACCACUGGGCUUACGUUUCACGAAAUGCAAGUCAAGCUGGAAGACACUGUUGCAUGCAUAUAUGCUCGAGAUGUCUUAUCUCAGGGAUGCAGAAAUGUGGAGUUCGUUCAGUUCAACACCAUGCGCACAGUAUGAGGAGAUGGACUGCGAAUACGACACGAUGGAUUCGCGCUUCGCCUAUCAUAUGAGUUACGGUGUCUUCGGCUCCCUCUCCCCUGCUUUCGGCGUGUCGAUGGCCAGCACCAACAGCUUUGGUAGCUCGACUGGAUCCGGAGGUGCCGUAUCAACCUUCAGUGCCGCCACGCGGUCAUGUCCCAUGAGCGGCCAGUCUUCCGUAGGAACUGUCAGGGGCUCCUCGGGUAGCAUGACUGCAGGUUUCAGCAAACUGUGGACGUCAGAUAUAGAGAUGAAGGACGCACCAGAGGCAUCUUCAGACCACGACGCCGUUAUACCCAGCACUACUACCAUCUCCGUACCAGUGCCAGCACUUUCUCAGCCGCCCAAGCACGCGAACACGGUUGUACUCCAACCACCACAAUUUACAGGCCUAGGUUAUCUCCCAUCAAGGCUUUUGACAUCCGAGACUGUCAUAGUACCAAAGCCAGCAGAGAUGUCGAAGGAUGAAGUCAGCGCCAAGUCGCCGUCUGUUUCUCUGCCGAACCCUGCACCAGAUGUUGUACUACCCCCAACUCCUGCCUCACAGCGCGAGGAAGAUGAGGAAACAUUCGCAAAAGCGCAGCCUUUAGCACCAGCAGACAUCACCAAGCCGGCUAUGUCUAUCCCUCCAGUGGAGGACACAAAAUCCUCAGUAACUCCAUCUUCGAUGGUUGACAACGAGUCAGCUGUGUCAUCUACUCCUUUGGAGAGCAUCGAUGCAGCUGUUCCCCUUGCUUCGAUGGAAAAUGACAAGCCGACGGUAUCGCCGCCUUCGAUGGCUAAUGUCAAUGCGCCCACAGAGAUAUCAAGACAAAAAAGUAGACCGAGAAACAGAGCCUUGGUUACUUUAGUAAAGCCAGAAGAAGCAUCCAAGCAAGAAGUAGAGCUAGGAAUGGGUUCGUUUGCAUCCUCGAACAUCCAGUCUCCAGAAGCACAAAUCUCGGCCUUCUCCAACACCCACUUCAAGCAGCUAUUCGGUGGGGAAAUGAAGACAUUACAGGCCAGCCUCCCAAAACAGGAAGACAUUCAGGGAUCACAGGUCAUCCUCCUCUUACGUUCGCUGGAGUGGAUCACAGACAGCCAUGAGGCUGGAUGGUUCGAAGACGAUAUCGAAUUGGAAGACGAUGUUGCAGACUGGCGUGGGAAACUCAACAUCUUGAUGGCGAAAUUGGAGAUAUAUGCGGGCCCGGACGCGAACAGCAUAGUCUCAAACACACGAAUUCAGCUUGAGAAGGUGUUUGUGAUUCUUGGCGGCGCGGAAAACAUUAAUCAAGAGGUUGCUUGA